AUGCUAGAUGUCAUGUUGGAAACAGAGAUCCAGAAAUCAGAUUCAGAGCAGAGCACUGGGUCAGACACAGAGGUGUUGACUGAGAGAACAUCCUGCUCAUUUGGCUCCCACUCUGACCUCACAUCUGGCUCAGGUCCCCAGCCUCCUCCUCCAUCAUCCAUGGAGGAGAUCCAGGUAGAGCUGCAGUGUGCUGACCUCUGGAAAAGAUUCCAUGACAUUGGGACAGAGAUGAUCAUCACUAAAGCAGGCAGGAGAAUGUUUCCAGCCAUGAGAGUGAAAAUUACAGGCUUAGACCCUCACCAACAGUAUUACAUAGCCAUGGACAUUGUGCCUGUGGAUAACAAGAGAUACAGGUACGUGUAUCACAGCUCCAAGUGGAUGGUGGCAGGCAACGCCGACUCCCCAGUGCCUCCCAGGGUAUAUAUCCAUCCCGACUCGUUGGCUUCUGGUGACACCUGGAUGAGGCAGGUUGUCAGUUUUGACAAACUCAAGCUGACCAACAAUGAACUUGAUGAUCAAGGCCACAUAAUUCUACAUUCAAUGCACAAGUACCAGCCUCGAGUUCAUGUGAUCCGCAAGGACUUCAGCAGUGAUCUGUCUCCUACAAAACCAGUCCCUGCAGGUGAUGGAGUGAAAACUUUCAACUUCCCUGAAACUGUCUUCACCACAGUGACAGCCUAUCAAAACCAGCAGAUCACUCGAUUAAAAAUUGAUCGAAACCCUUUUGCUAAAGGAUUCAGAGAUUCUGGGAGGAACAGAACUGGCCUGGAGGCCAUUAUGGAAACAUAUGCGUUCUGGAGGCCCCCUGUGCGCACCCUCACUUUUGAAGAUUUCACUACCAUGCAGAAACAGCAAGGGGGCAGCACAGGCACCUCCCCAACAACCUCCAGCACUGGGACCCCAUCACCCUCUGCCUCCUCUCAUCUUCUCUCUCCAUCCUGUUCCCCUCCAACUUUUCACUUGGCCCCCAACACUUUCAAUGUUGGCUGCCGGGAGAGCCAGCUGUGCAAUCUCAACCUGUCCGAUUAUCCCCCAUGUGCCAGAAGCAACAUGGCUGCCUUACAGAGCUACCCAGGGCUAAGUGACAGUGGGUACAACCGACUCCAAAGUGGCACUGCUUCUGUCACUCAACCCUCAGAAACCUUCAUGCCUCAGAGGACUCCAUCAUUGAUCUCAGGAAUGCCUACUCCUUCCUCUCUGCCUAAUAAUGGUAAGAUGGAAGCCUUUGGUGGCCAGCUGGGGUCGUUCCCAGCCUCUCAGUUUCAAUAUGUCAUGCAAGCAGGCAACCCUGCCUCCACCUCUUCUUCUUCACAUAUGUUUGGUGGUGGCCACAUGCAGCAGAGCUCCUACAAUGCCUUCUCACUUCACAACCCUUACAACCUGUAUGGAUACAAUUUCCCUGCUUCCCCUAGGCUGGCAGCAAGCCCAGAGAAACUGACCACCCCUCAAAGCACUUUACUCUGUUCUUCCCCUUCCAAUGGGGCUUUUGGAGAGAGGCAAUACCUUUCAACAGGAGUGGAUCAUGGGAUGCACAUGAUCAGUCCUCCAUCCAGCAACCAGCAAACAGCCAACGCCUGUGACAACAGACAAUAUGGGGCUGUUCCAGGCUCAUCUUCACAGAUGUCCGUGCACAUGGUUUAACCAGUGAUUUUUCUCCUUGGAACUGAAGGCAGCAAGACCCCUCAUUGUCUCCAUGGGUGAUCCUGUCUCAAUACCUUUUGCCUUUAAACUUAUA